AUGUCCUCCAACGUAAAAGUCAAUAAAAGUGAGCAAGUCGGUCAAAAAAAUAAAGCAACCAAAGAAGUGCAGUUUAAAACGAAUCUUGGUGGCAAAAAAGUCAGAAAUCUCAGUUCUGAAAUACUGCUUCGUCUCUCGCAGGAUCAGAACCAGCUCAACGAAGAAUACGAAGAAGAAUUAAAAAAGAAAUUAGACGAAGCUGACGUUAUUAUUGAGGUUUUAGAUGCGAGACACCCUCAAGAUUUCAGGAAUGAAGCGUUAGAGGCGCUGACAGACAAGGAAAAUAAAACACUGGUGCUGCUUUUGAAUAAAGUUGACUUGGUUCCUGACGCGGCUACUGUGGAAAACUGGCUGAAAUAUUAUUCGCAGUACUAUUAUUGUUGCAGUUUUCGAUCUAUAACAACGAAAAGUCGCAGCAAGCACUCCUCGACAGAAAAUCUGAAGACAAAAGCCUAUCAGGCUAGCAAAGAGCAGUUGAGCAGCGGUUACUCGCCAUUAGGGUGCUAUCAACUAAUGAAUAUUCUAAAUAAAAUAGCUCGCAAAGACACGACUGGUUCUGACGCGGCUCCUAGACCAAUUUCUGUAGUUUUUGUAGGGUACCCUAACGUGGGGAAAAGUAGUGUCAUUAAUAGCAUGAUGCGUAACACAAAGCACGCGGUGACUGGCAACAAACCCGGUGUUACAACUAGAAAAAGCGAUUUUCAACUGUUUAGUAAUAUUAAACUUAGUGACACCCCCGGUGUUUUGGACCUGCACAAGAUCGGUACAUAA